CACCCCACACUGAAGCCCUCAGUCCGGGCCAGCUGGUUUUUCUAGGAACGCCCCGGCCUGGACUCCAUUUCCCAGAGGCGCCGGGCGCUCUGACGUCUUCCGUGCGCCGAAUGCCUGUGCGACCGCGUGCGCGUGCUUGCCUGUGUGCUCGGGGCUGGGAACGGAGGAAGUUCACUUUGUCCUGAGUGGGCGCUCAGAGACCCGGGUGCUCUGUCUCCCCCACGCGCCGCCCGUCUUGCCCCGCAAGUGGAACGCAGACAGUUUUCGAACAACCGCUGCUUCUGUGCGUCUGCGUCUGGCGCCCGUGGGUCCCACGUGCCGCGGACUUUCCCUGUCCCCCGCUCUCCGCUUUGCUCCACGGCAGACUUUUUUCAAUUUCGAGCUUGAGGCCAUGGAAACGUAGCUGAUGAUUUCUUUUGCUGAUGAUUUUUCUUUUUGAAGACGAUUUCUGUCUUCAGCCCUUUUCUUCUGCUAGCAAGGAUGUCAACUGUUACUGCCUGCUGCUGAUGCCUUUGCUAGAACAUUGAAAUUGGAAUCCUGUGUGACGAGAGAGGUAUGAGUCUGGGCACCUCCACAUAUUUCCAAGAGCAGAGAAAAUUAAUACAUUACCUAUGAUGAUAGCAUUUGAAGACCUUGCUGUGUACUUUACCUGGGAGGAAUGGCAGAACAUGAACCAAGCUCAGAAAACCCUGUACAGGGAUGUGAUGCUGGAGACCUACAGCAGCCUGUUCUCCUUGGGGCACUGCAUGACCAAACCUGACUUGAUCUUCAAGUUGGAGCAAGGAGCAGAGCCAUGGAUGGUGGAAGAAUUCCUGAAUCAGAGUUUUCCAGUUGCCAUGAAAAGGGAUGACCUGAUUGGGACCAACCAGGAAAGUCGGGACAAAAAUCUGAAUCAGGAUGUUAUGAAAAAUAAGAAGACAUUUGCUCCCAAGGGAGUUGAAUUAAGAAAACAACCUAAUUUAACUUCUAGCCCUAUUCCAAGACUGAUUAUGCAAAAGGGAAACUAUUCAGGAAUGAAUGUGUAUAAUGAAUGUGGAGAAACCACUUAUCAGAAUUCAAAUCUCAUUAGACAUCAGAAAAUUCACACUUGGAAGAUGCCUCAUGAAUGUAAUGAGUAUGGAAAAGCCUUUUUCCAGCAAUCAUACCCUAUAACACAUCAGAAAAUUCACAUAAGGGAGAAAAUUGCUGAAAAUAAUGACUGUGGAGAUGUUUUUCACCAUAAUGUAGACCUCAUUAAACAUCAGAGAAUUCACCUGGAGGAGAAAUCUUAUGAAUGCAAUGAUUGUCAAAAAACCUUUUACCAUAAAUCACAACUCAUUAGACAUCAGAGAAUUCACACAGAGGAGAAAGCUCAUGAAUGUAAUGUCUGUGGAAGAGCCUUUUGGUAUAAAUCACAUCUCAUAAUACAUCAGAGAAUUCACACAGGAGAGAAACCUUAUGAAUGUGGUGACUGUGGAAAAGCCUUUGGACAUAAGUCAGGUCUCAAUAAACAUCAGAGAAUUCACACUGGGGAGAAAUCUCAUGAAUGUAAUGACUGUGGAAAAGCCUUUUACUGUAAAUCACGACUCAUUAGACAUCAGAGAAUUCACACAGGAGAGAAACCUUAUGAAUGUAGUGACUGUGGAAAAGCCUUUGGCCAUAAGUCAGUCCUCAUUAAACAUCAGAAAAUUCACACAGGGGAAAAACCUUAUGUAUGUAAUGACUGUGGGAAAGCCUUUUUUUGCAAAUCAUAUCUCAGCCAACAUCAGAGAAUUCACACAGGGGAGAAACCUUAUGAAUGUGAUGAAUGUGGAAAAGCUUUUGGCCAUAAAUCAGACCUUACCAAACAUCAGAGAAUUCACAUGGGGGAGAAGCCUUAUGAAUGCAAUGACUGUGGAAAAGCCUUUUAUUAUACAGCACAACUCAUUAGACAUCAGAGAAUUCACACUGAGGAGAAACCUCAUGAAUGUAAUGUCUGUGGAAAAGCCUUUUGGUAUAAAUCACAUCUCAUAAAACAUCAGAGAAUGCACACAGGGGAGAAACCUUAUGAAUGUGGUGUCUGUGGAAAAGCCUUUGGCCAUAAGUCAGGCCUCAUUCAACAUCAGAGAAUUCACGCAGGGGAGAAAUCUCAUGAAUGUAAUGACUGCGGAAAAGCCUUUUUGUGCAAAUCAGACCUCAACAAACACCAGAGAAUUCACACAGGGGAGAAACCUCAUGAAUGUAAUGACUGUAGAAAAGCCUUUUUUUCCAAAUCAGACCUCAAGAAGCACCAGAGAAUUCAUACAGGGGAGAAACCUUACGAAUGUGCUGAGUGUGGAAAAGCCUUUGGCCAUAAGUCAGUCCUCAUUCAACAUCAGAGAAUUCACACUGGGGAGAAACCCUAUGAAUGUAAUGAAUGUGGGAAAGCCUUUUAUAGCAAAUCAGACCUCAACAAACAUCAGAGAAUUCACACAGGGGACAAACCUUAUGAAUGUAAUGAAUGUGGAAAAGCUUUUGGCCAUAAAUCAGAGUUCACCAAACAUCAGAGAAUUCACAUGGGGGAGAAACUUUAUGAAUGCAGUGACUGUGGAAAAAUCUUUUUUUAUAAAUCAAAACUCAUUAGACAUCAGAGAAUGCACACAGGGGAGAAACCUUAUGAAUGUAGUGACUGCGGAAAAUCCUUUGGCCAUAAGUCAGUCCUCAUUAAACAUCAGACUUCACACAGAGGAGAAAUCUUAUGAAUGCUAUGGAAAAGAUGUUUUGUGCAAAUCAGAUCUCAGAAAACAGAAUUCACACAAAAUAGAAACAUUAUGAAUGUAGCGACUGGAAAAACCUUGCACCACAAGUCACAACUCAGAAUGGAUCAGAGAAUUCACAGAGGGGAGAAACAUCAUAAAAGCCCUUUUGGGCAAAUCAGACCUCAGCAAACAUCAGUUUACACAGGGAGAAACCUUAUGAAUGUAAUGACUGUGGCCUUUGCCCAUAAUUCACAACUCAGAAUGCAUCAAAGAAUUCACACUGGGGAGAAACCUUAUGAAUGUAAUAACUAUAGGAAAGCCUUUGGCCUUAAGUCAGACCUCAUCAAACAUCACACAAUUCACACAGCAGUGAAACCUUAUGAAUGUAAUGACUGUUGAAACACCUUUUGCUAUAAAUCACACCUCAUAAGACACCAGAGAAUUCACACAGGAGAUAGACUUCAUGAAUAUAACAACUGUGGCAAAGCCUGUGGCAAUGAUACACAACAUACAUCAGAGAAUUCAUACAGGGGAGAAACCUCAUUUAUGUAAAGACUGGAAAAGCCUCUUUGUGCAAAUUAAAUCUCAGCAAACAUCAAAAUUCACACAGGGGAGAAUGUUUUGAAUUGAACAAAUGUGGACAACUCUUGGUGCAAAUCAUUAUCAAACAUAAGAAUAAACAUUAUAAAUGUAAUGAUUUGGAACACCUUCAGCCAUAAUUUAACCCUCAUUUGAGAUAAUCAAAUUCAUAUUUGAAAAAAACCCUUUGAAUGUAAUGCAUGUGGAAAAGCCUUUAUCCAGAAAUCAGAGCUUAUAAGAAAUCAAAGAAUUCAUAUGGCAGAGAAACCUUAUGAAUGUAAUGAGUAUUGGAAAGCUCCUUGUAACAUCAGAAAAUUCACAAGGCAGAAGUGUUAUGAAUGUAAUGAAUGUUGGAAAGCCUUUUGUCAAAAACAGUGCCUCAACACAUUAUGGGAGUCAAACAAGGAAGAGAGUUUAAGAAUAUAAUGAAUGUGAAGUGCUUUUUCCCAAAAUCAGUGUACUUAGUGUGACAAAGCCGUUCCCUUGAAAUCAUACCCCAAACAACAGGGACCCAUGGAAGGGAGAAAGGUUAUAAAUAUUAUAAUGUGAAAAAAAGCCAUUUGUCAGAAAUCAGUCAUCAAAGAAUUCACAUAAUGCGUUUCUUAAGAUUGUAAUGAAUGUGGAAAAGUAUUUUCCUGUAAUUAAGGCCUGCAUAGAUACAGAAUUCACAAUAGCUUAUAUCCUUCAAAUGCAGUAAAUUUGAGAAAACCUUUAGUCAGCAAUUAGACAUCAGCAGAUGCCAGGGAAUUCAUAAAGAAAAUAAAUCAAUUUAAUGAACAUGAAAUUCCUCUUCCAUAAAUCAGUCAUCAGCUCACAUGAAGAGACUCAGAACUUAGAAAACAUGUAUUCAUCGAAAAGUUUUUGUAUCAUAAGUCAUCUCAGUGGGUAACUGAAAGCUCACACUUAGGAAAAAUCCUGUCAUUGUAAUGUGGUUGGAAAAACCUUUAUUGUAAGGUGAACUUUUGCAAAAUUUAACAAGAUUAGAGAAGUCCCUUAAAUAUAAUGUGUCUGGAAGAACUCUUGGUGGAAUCACACCUCAGGAAGUAUUAGACAAUUCACAUGAUGAAUUGUGACAGAGUCUUGUUAACCGUUCUUCCUUUACACAACCUAUGUUUUUGGUUUCCCAUUAUUGUGAGUGGGACCAAGUAUAUGAACUGUACUUACAUAUAUAAAUUUUGCAAAGAAAUAUCCAAAAAUUACAACAGUUAGUACAGCAGUUAUUUGGUAUCCCAUCUUCAUCAAUUACAAAGUUAUUUGUUGUAUAGCAAUUUUGUCCACCCAGUGUUCUUUCUCCACAUUAUUGUGCAUACUGGUGAUGUAACCACAGGCAUGUCAAUUAGCAUAUAUUCCAGCCAUAAUACUGUACUCCAGCAGUGGAUGGUGGGUGUUGUGUCUAGCUAAAGGGAAUGAGCUUAUGGUGAUCUAUAUACUCAUGAGGAUUUCCAGCUCAUCUGUGUUAAGAGUACACUAUCUGGAUUAGAGUACACUAUGUGAGAUCAAUUUGAAUAUUCAAAUAGGUGUUGUCCAGCACAUUAUUCUCGUUCCAUAGACUACCUCAAAUCCUAUGAGUUGGGGCCAGCACCGUGGCUCACUUGGUUAAUCCUCUGCCUGCGGCCACAGAAUCCCAGAUGGGCCCCGGCUUCUGGUCCUAGUUGCUCCUCUUCCAGUCCAGCUCUCUGUUGUGGCCUGGGAAGGCAGUGGAGGAUGGCCCAAGUCCUUGGGCCCCUGCCCCUGCAUAGGAGACCAGCAGGAAGCACCUGGCUCCUGGCUUCAGAUCAGCAUAGUUCUGGUUAUAGUGGCCCUUUGGGGGGUGAACCAAUGGAAAGAAGAUCUUUCUGUCUCUCUUUCACUGUAACUCUGUAAAAAAAAAAAAAAAAAUUUAAAAAAUCCCAUGAGUUGUAACACUCAUCUCCUGAAUUUUUCUUUAUUAAUGAGCAUACAAUCCCUUUUAAAAUCUUUCAUUCAUUAUCCCCUUUUCCUACUUUUCUUCCUUCACUUCCUUCUUGCCCAGAGACAAGAACUUGGAAUGAAAUCUGGGUGGUACCCAUUGCAACAGAAGUGGUGACUCAAAUGUAGUACACUUUUGUGUUAAUGUAACUUUACAAUGAUUUAUUUUGUUAUAAUCUUUUUGGUUGUAUUACUCCUUACUUCUACCAGACUCUCAGUUUGUUGAAAAUGUAUGUUUUCAUCCCUUCCCAGUUUUCACAGACCUUUUUGGAUUUUCAUCAUCUCAUUUACAUUUACAUUCAUCUCAGACCUCAGGAUAUACUCAGGAUGAACAGUUUAUCCAGGUUCCAUAGCGACUGGACUAGAAAUGCUGUGAUGAUCAUCUAGCUGCAAUAGUUCUUUUAUUUCCCAUCCAGAGGACAAUCCUGCAAGUCAUUCCUUCCACCUCCAUUACUACCUGUUGGCAAUAGCACAUUGUCUUUGUUCAAGUCCCCUUGGCUUGUUACAAGUGUUCAUCAAAUCAAAUCUCAAUCAGAAAUUUAAUAGAAAAUGCAUGGUGUAUCUGUUGACAAUUUCAUGGAGUUGAGCAAUUAUUACCUUAUCAUUAUUGGAAUGUGGUGUGCCUUUAAGAGCCAUUUUUUAAGUCUAGAUGGAGUGUUCUUUCUGCUUUUCCAAUGUUUGUAAUUACUAAAUAAAUUCCUUUCUUCUAAAACUCAUUGGCAUAUAUUUUAUUUAAAAAUAAUCCUGAGUGACAGGGCAGUUAUUUUUAGAAAUCCCCUAAUUCCUCUGAAUUUUAGUUUUGGUGUUUGAUUCCUACAUGAAUUAUGGGUUCUGUUGAGUGAGGCACUGAUUACAUUGCUAACUGAUGAUGGCAUAAUCUCUUGCAACAGGUACAUUUACCAGAUUGGAAUCUUGUUUUCCUUUAUGAAUUUCUGCUGAGUCAGUGGCUAAUGUGAGCCAGCUGGCCUCCAUAUCACUUUGAAUUCUAUAGAGCCAAUAAAUUUCUGUUGGCUAAUUUGA